UUCUCAACUUUCGUCUAUAUUCAGGCCAGUUUAAUGUCUAACUGACCCCUCCCUCGUGUGUGAUUAGUUGGAAGUGGAUAGGACACCUUCACACUUGCAGCCAAAUAGCAUUCAUUGCCCGGGACGGCAGCGUGCGCAGUGGGCACUCGCGGUACUGGAGGGGUUCAGAAGCUCGACGUGAUUGAAAACAUAUUGAAUCUUACAGGGAGGGCUGCAGUUAAAAUGGCUACGAAAGACCAGGUCGAGAGUUGGACCGAGGAGGUUGUUUGUCCCAUCUGCCUGCAUUUCUUCACCGAACCGGUGGCGCUGGAGUGUGGGCACAACUUCUGCCGCUCCUGCAUCACACAGAGUUGGGACAGGGAGGGGAGAAACUCCUGCACGGAAUGCAGAGAGGAAUCUACAAAGUGCACCCUCAGGGUGAAUCGGGCCCUGGUUAGACUGAGUGUUAAAGCUCGAACACUGAGCCUGGAUCUCAACGCGAAGAAAAGUAAACUUCACUGCGAGGAACAUCAGGAAGAACUGAAGCUGUUUUGUGAAACUGACAAGAAACUGAUCUGUUUGAUUUGCACAACUGCGGGGGAACACAAGUCUCACAGCUUAAUGCUGUUAGAAGAAGCAAUUGAAUUCUACAAGGAACAGGUGAAAUCUUCUUUUGAUUCUCUCACAGAAAAGGAAUCAGAGAUCCAGAAAAUGGAGCAGGAACAGAAAGAGAGCAUUUCUGGAGUUCAGGAACAGUCACGCAACCUUCAGUCACAGAUCACAUCCCAGUUUGCUGAACUGCACCAGAUUCUCACUGAGAAAGAGCAGCGUUUACUCGGAGAUGUCCGGGAAGAAGAGGAGAAGAUUGUAAAAACAAUGGAGAAAAAUCUUCAAGGGAUACAAAAUAAUUUAAAUUCCAUUCAGGAGGAACUCUCAAAGUUACAUAAACAGACAGACCACAAGGACGGUGUGAUAUUUCUGAAGGAGGAAGCUGGUCGCAAGAGCAGGGUUCCUGAUGAAACAAAACCAAUGUUGGUGCUAUUUGGCGCAUUGCCCAUUGAAAAGUAUGAUCACACCUUUUUCUACAAUAUGGCAUUGAGAGAAACAUCUAAUAUCAUCAAACGAGUCUCCGUCACCCUGGAUGUGGAAACAGCGCAUCCGUGGCUCGAAGUGUCUGAGGAUCGGAAGAGGACCGCGGGGAUAGACAGCCCGGGGUCCGUGAGUGCGGAACCAGUCAAGGGGCUGUCCCACUGCGACAAGUUCAGAAGACUGUCUUCGACCUUCAAGCUUGAGGGCAGUCGCCUUGAAAUCUUCGAGCUGGAUCGACCGUGA